GACCACUGACCACACUCGUUGUUGUUGUUGUUUUGCGCUGGAUAUAGUCUAUAUUUUAGGGUGUAAAAGUAGAAAACGGCGUAAAACACGGAGAUGUACUGGGACUCUUUCAUCAAAACAGGAGACAGAGACUUGGACAGCAAAGACUCGAAAAUAAAGAUGGAGGUUUGUCAGACGGGAUAUUACACAGAAGACUUCAGGACACAGGAGGUGCCAGCUGGCUUUGACUUUGCAUCAUAUGACUACCCUGGUGAAGACCUGUCUUUUCUGUUAGACAGCAAAGCACCUGGACAGCAGCAGUAUGUCACAGAAAGCAGCUACGCAGAGCCGCCGAAAGCUUCUCACCCAUAUGACACUAAAGUGAGCACCAGUGACACGGCUCUCUUCAACCUGGACUCGUACCAGGAGUUCAACUGGUGGGCCUCGUACCCACAUGACGGGCUGACAGUAGACCAGCCUCAAACUGGAUACCAGGAGUCUCCACAGACGUACCAGGGUCUGGUGCCUCAGAAUGGACAAUUCAGCCCCUCCAUUGAGGGCAGCAACAGCCCCUUCGUACCUGCAAAAGGAUCAAAUACAUUACAAAGUGAGACAGAUCAGAGCUACUCGUGUCACCCGGCUGAACUUUACGACUCAGACAGGCCGAGGCUGUCCUCGUCCUUCUGGCCCGAGUACUCCUCCCACAGCUUCACUGCUCCCCUCCCACACCAGCCGACGGCCUCCUGCCCCUCGGACCUCAGUCCUCAAUCCACGGAGCAGUACUGCCCCCGUGUGGUCAAACGCAAAACCCCACACCCACAGAGGCCAGAGAGGGAGGGACAGAUGACGGGAAUGUCAGCAUAUCCAGGGUCUGGGCCGAUCCAGCUGUGGCAGUUUUUACUAGAGUUACUUCUGGACUCCGCCUGUCGGACCUUCAUCUCCUGGACGGGAGACGGCUGGGAGUUUAAGAUGUCCGACCCCUCAGAGGUGGCAAAGCGCUGGGGCCAAUGCAAGAACAAACCCAAGAUGAACUACGAGAAGUUGAGCCGUGGCCUGCGGUACUACUACCACAAAAACAUCAUUCACAAGACGGCGGGCAAGCGCUACGUGUACCGCUUUGUCUGUGACAUGCAGGGCAUGCUGGGAAAGACGGCGCAGGAGGUCCUGACUAGUCUGAACGUUUUGCCCACAAACGCAGAGUCCUGGCAGUGCCCUGCGGUUCAGGCAGCAGCAGCAGCAGCGUCGGAGCACAGCAGUGAAACAUGGGCGUCACAGUAGGGGACGGGGGGCCAGGACACUUUUUGUGCUGCUGGUUUAGAGACACACGUACAUUUUAGAGGAGAACUGCAGCCUACAGGUAGAAAACGCUGCCUCCUCCAGCAAGCUUGACCAGUGGCUGAUUUACAAAUGCUCAAAUUCAGGAAAUAAAUUACCAAUACUAAUAAAUGAAUCAUCCUGGUAGUCUUUAAAUACAACUCACAAUAUUCACAUGCAGCACUUUUUCUUUAGUGUCAUGCUGGUGGUGUGAGGCUCAAAUGUUUUCAAAUCUUAUAAACGAUGGGAAUCAUUGCACUGUUGUCAGGUUGCUUUAGUAACUGAUAAGACAAUGGGGAGUACAAUCUGGAGUGACAUGAGGGCUUAUUUCUAGGUUAACAAACACAUUCGAUACCCAUUACGAACCUAAAGCUAAAUUAUAACAGUUAAUGUUAACACUUGCCCCAGUUUCUAGCUAAAAGUAGCAUUAGCCUGCCAACAGCGCUGUUAGCCAGCCUUGUGUGGUUAGCUAAUAAUUCAUGCCUUUUCUGUUGCUAAGUGUAACUCUAGCUAACUACAUUGUUAGACAGGAAGUGGUUGAAUGCUAUUAUUGAUGAUGUUUUUAAAAAAAAUAGCCAAUGGGUUAUGAAAUAUGUCGACUCAAACUGGACCCUAAUGUCUCUUUGAAUUGAACCUAUUAAUUGUCUUUUCAGUAGCUAAUCAAUCUGAUGCAGUGAACUGUUCAUGAUCUCAGAAUAUGUUUUGUAGACUUUGAACUGGAGCACAAGAGCUGGUCAAGAGCAUUUUAAGCACUAUUAACAGUUUUUUUUUUUUUUUUUGCAAUGUGUUUCUACGACGACACUGAUUUGUAAAUAAUGUUUAUACUGUAGCGAUGUCGAGUUUUGUGCAUAUAUUAUUAUUUUUUCAUUCAAAACUCAUUUCUACCUCUUUUGCUAUUCAGAAUAACAUGAACCGAGAUGAUUUUCAGGCACUCACUGUGAAGGUUUGAGCUGUUGUGAUCAUUGUUCCGUGUAAAUAAAGUGUAUAUAAACAUCAA